AUUCAUACCUCCAACCAUUCAUCUAUCCACCCAUCCAUCCAUCCCUCCAUCCCCCAUCCAUCUAUCCAUCCACACACAACCCAUUAGGACCUUGCAGAACAGGGGGACCAGAGAGGCUGGCAUACUGGGAAGGGCUGUGGAGCAGCAGCACCUGGCUGGGCCUCACAGCAUGGGGAGAUGUGAGGCAUUAGGUAGGUGACCAGAUGGUGUGAUCUCUGGGAGACACAGGUGGGCAAAGCAGUGGGAUGAACAGUGUGCAUGGGAAGCGCCAUGAAGCUCAAACAAGACUGUCAGGCCAGGAGCAUGGGCAGAGCCCUGUUGUCAGGGGCCCACAACUGAGAAACUCAGGCUUAAUCUAAAGGCUAUUAGCAGAGAAGGAGCUAGCAGUGCUGAGGGGCCAGUCCUGGGCCCAUACCUGUCAUUCCAAGAGGGACCUGGCUGGCCACACCACCCUCAACUGACACUGCCCAUACUUCACCAGGCCCUUACCCUUUUCCACAUGGCCCCUACUUUGCGGGCAUGUGUAUCAGGUGUACACGAGGCAGAAGGGGUCUGGGUAUGGAGGACAGUGACCUUGGCCCUUGGCCAGCCAAAUGGGGCUGUAGUUCCUAAGUGGCCUCCCUGCUAGGCCAGGCCAGGCUGUAGGGAAGGAGCACCAUGCAGGGCCUGGACAACAAGGGCCAAGGCCACCCAGGGCCUGGGACUUCAGGGCCCCCAAGACUGGAGCUGCGUGACCUAUGUGAACCUCCAGGGCAGAGCCAGGAUGUGGGGGCUCAUCAGAGAGUCAGUCUGAGCUCGGUGGGAAGGGUCUUCUCAGUCAGAGCUGUCCCAGGACAACAGGGUAUGUCUGGGGAGGGGUGAGUUCCCCAAACUGAAGGUGCGCUUGCAGAGGGCAGGGCCAUGGUCCUCAGACUGGGGCUCCCAGGCCCCACCUCCCCAGGGCUGGUGAGUGAUGAUGGCUCAGGUGGCCGCCUGCCAUGGUCCUGCCGGUUGCCUCCCCUGUGACACCCUACUGACUCAUGGGCCAGCUCCCGCCCCAACCAAGGGCCAGUGUCCAAGGGGCCAGGUGAGUAUAAAUCUCAACGUGAGGCCAGCCACCUCUUCCAGCUCCCAAGCACAGAGGAAUGGCCUCGUGCUGGGCUGUGCAGCUGCUGCUCAUGGCAGCCUGGAGUGUGGGCUAUGGUGAGGCCUUCAGGUGCUACACCUGUGAGCAUCCCACAGCCAUUUCUUCAUGCAAGAACAUCACUUACUGCAAGCCGGAGGACACAGCCUGCAAGACCGAGCUGGUGACCGUGGAGUCGGAGUUCCCCUUCAACCAGAGCCCUGUGGUGAGCCGCUCCUGCUCCACCUCCUGCAUCGCCACAGACCCCGACAGCAUCGGAGCCGCCCACCCCAUCUUCUGCUGCUUCCGUGACCUCUGCAACUCGUGAGGGCAGCGGCUGGGAAGGCACUCUGCGGGCGCCUCCUCUCCUGACGGCCUUGCUCUGCCUGCGGUGCCCUCUGCCCACAAGCCUCCGUGGGCAGAGCUCACUGGGCCUCAGGCCACUCAUGGGACCUGAGGGGAGAGAAGCACACCAGGGGUGCUCUCUAUCUUCCAUCCCUCAAACUUCUAGAAAAUAAAUAAGCCAAGGGUGGAAACGACUGCUGGCCUUUCUGGGUACGAGGAACACACAGAGCUGGUGUCACAACAGCCAGGCUGAGUCGAGGCAUGUUUCAGGCACCUGACACUGGCUCUAAUCCAGGGCCAUUUGAACCCAUUUCACAGACAGGGAAACAGAGGCUUGGGGGGGGGUAAGCCUCCUGGGCUGUCCUUCCUACAAACUAACCUCACAACCUCUCAGACCAGGACCUAUACCUAAGCCCAAGGAAAAUCUCCUUUUCCUUCAGAAAUCCCCACUCAAACCCUGGAGCUAUCACCUACAAAUCAGAGUGGAAAGGAAGCUCAGAGCUGGAAUCCACUUUCCUCCAAGGAUGGGUAGGUCUGGCUCUGCCCACCCAGCCCAAGGAAACUUCCCAGAUGUGUGUAUGUACCUUGGCCUGCUGGCACCACACAGCUCCACAGCCUCAGUCACCCCUCUGACAACCACCUGCUGUGCCCUUUGGCUGAGAUUAGAUGAGACUGUGGCUGGAGCUGCAGCACUCCCCAAGUGGGCAUCUGGCCAGGGCUGCCCACCCCUCCCCCCAGGACUCAGUCCCAGAGGCCAGCCUCCGUUUGACAGGAUGGAGGCAGCAGCACAUCCUCAGGGGCCUUAUGACCCAGGAGACCUUGCUUUUCAGCCCCUGCUGCCCCAUUGUAGGGAGGGGGCAGCAGCAAGGUGCACAAGGCAGGUGUGGGGCUUGGGCCACCCCCUUUCCCGGCCCCAGUUCUUAUCUGUGUCUUCUAGGUUGGGCAUCUUCUGAGAUAUGCACUACGCCUUGGGUUUUAAGGCCCCACAGGUCACCUGACCAUGACCCUGGGGUCCUGCUGGCACCUGCCACUGCUGGGGUGGGAGUGACAUGCAGCAUCAGUGGUCCAGCCGGCUUGGCAGACAGAGGUGCAUAGGACCCCUGUAAGAGCUCAUCCCUGUCCCUGAAGGGCCUAGGGGUCAGUACAUACUCCCACCUUCAUGCCCUCCCAGAAAUGCCAGGAAUUCACACCCUGAGGAACAGCCCCCAACCAGGGAGAGCUGCCAGAGAGGCCUCCUUUAAGGCGUCCCACCUAGGGCCCUCCUUGCUGGCUAACGCCACGCCUACAGGUCCCCAAGAGAGCCAUUCCCCGGCAUUACCGCCAGAUUCCAGAGAGCCCCACUGGGCACUGGAUUUGGAGCCAAGGGGCUUCUCUUGGCCCAGCAUUUGCAGCAGAGCAAAGGAUAACACCCUGGGCCCUUGGGAGGUGGGGUGGGAAGGCCAGCGCGGGACCGGCGCGGCCAGCAGAGGGCACACGCCAAGCCCUGGAGCCGGUGAGAGGAGCCUCUCACCGCACAGCCUCUGCCCUGCCUGGACAUCCACUGCUAGCUGAGCCCAGUCUGGUCUGCAGGGUACCACUGGGAGCUCGGGAAGCUCUUGCCCCAUGGGCUGGCCUUGAAGAUGCCCUCCUGCCCUGCCGUUCCCCGCCACUCUCCCAGGAAACUCGACACGUGAAACUGGCGGAGGCACAGGUGGGACCAGGGAGGGCGCGCCCAAGGGCUGGGAUAAUGGGCUCUCACCACCUGGGGGACAUGGGCGGCCUGAGGAAGGAGUGGACACCACACCUUGUGACCGUGCUGGACGUGGGGAAAGCUGAAGGGAAAACAGAGUUGUAAACAGAUGUGGGUGUGGGGGCAGAGAGAAGAUGCCCACCUAGCCCCCCCCCAGUAGCGCAGUGGUGCUGGCCUGCUGUCCCAGCUGCUCUGGAGGCCCAGGCAGGAGGAUCGCUUGAGCCCAGGAGUUGGAGGCUGCAGUGA